AUUACCAGUUGAUCCUGGUAGUCAGAUGAUCAUGCUCUCUUUGGAUAAUAAUUGUGAGUUCACUUAGAGGACCUCAGGGAUUGAACUGAAGAUCAAGUAUUAUGUGUACAUGUUCAGUCCUCCUGGAGUAUAUGUUGAUGAGUCCUCACUUAAAGAUACUCUGUCUCGUACUGUUGAUGAUAAUAUUAUUACUGAAUUCAUUAAACCAGAUUAUUAUAAUUUAAUAUAUAGAUCUUAUGUGAGUCUAUUGUAAUGUGUUUAGUGUUUAAUGUUAUUCAUUGGUUGUUUUGAUAAGUUUGUGUCACGUGAUCAGUAAAUAGUUUGUUGUGGGAGUGAACUGUCAAGAUGGCCACUGGUGGAUCAGGAAGAGAUACUCAAUAUGAAGGAAGGUUAUUAUAUGAGGAGAAAGGUUUAAAUGAAUAUGUAGCAAUAUUUACUGUAGCUAAAGAUGCAGGCACACUCUUUGAUUAUAGGAAUAGGAAGCACCCUAAGAUAGUUGGAUUAACGCAAAGUAUCAACUUUACAUUUGUCCCGCAGCAAGACUCUACACUUAUAUCAAGAGGUGAUUAUAUUGAAUUAAAGUUUGAUACUCCACAAGUUAAGCCAACCACUGGAUGGAUUAUUAAACCUCACACAGUACCUUGUAGAAUAUAUAGAAGUGAUGUUGAUAAGGUUGGUACACCUGGUUAUCCUGACCCUCCCUGCUGCAGUAUAUCGAUACAUGCUACACCUGAUGCUGUUCUUAGACUACAUUAUACUAUACCAGUGGAAGGUGUGGUUAAACGUUAUACAUUGGACAUUAGAAGGACAUUAAGAAGAG